AUGGAGUACAUCGAGGAUAUUCCGAGCACUGCCUCCAGUUUCCUCUCCGCCUACGCCUCCAUGGCCGGCUCCAUCAUGCUUUUCCGAUCAAUCGCCAACGACGUCGUCCCGGAUUCCCUCCACUCCUUCUUCCACUCCACUUUCGAGCCCUACGCCCGGCGUCUGCUCGACCGGCUUCUGCUCCUCGUCGGUAAACGCAAGCGCGUAACCCUAGUCGUCGAUGAGAACGCCGGCAUCUUCCCCAACCUCAUGUACACCGCCGCCGAGACCUACCUACAGACCAAAAUCCCCCCUGAUUCCGACCGCCUGAGGGUCGUCAAGACCUCCAAGCGCAAGAGCAUCUCCGUCGGCAUCGUCCGUGGCCAGAGGGUCACCGACCGGUUCGCCGGAUUUGAUCUGACGUGGCGGUCCCUCGUGGCUACUCCUCAAUCCGAUCGCGAGCCUCGGCGUCGCUAUUUUGAGCUGUCGUUCGAGGCUCCGAACAAGGAAACCGUGGUCGAAGAGUAUCUUCUGUUUGUCCUGUCUAGGGCAGAGGAAAUUAGGGCUAAGGACCGCCGUGUGAAGCUCUACACGAUUGGCUCCACGUUUGACGACGGUGAUGACGACGGCGACGAAGUCGCCGGCGGCGGCAGCAUGGCCGGAAAGUGGUGCUGGGGAUGUGUUGACCUUGACCACCCGGCCACUUUCGAGAGGCUGGCCAUGGAUCCGGAUUUGAAGCGGGCCUUGGUGGAGGAUUUGGACCGGUUUGUAAGGAGGAAGGAUUACUACAGGAGUGUGGGGAAGACGUGGAGGAGGGGUUACCUGCUGCACGGGCCACCGGGCACCGGAAAGUCGAGCCUAGUGGCGGCAAUUGCCAACUACCUCAAAUUCGACGUGUACGAUUUGGAGCUCGCGAGUUUGUACAGCAACUCGCAGCUUAAGGGGCAGCUGCUGAGCACAAAUAACCGAUCGAUUAUAGUGAUUGAGUAUGUUGAUUGCAGCACACAGAUGCAUAGUAGGGAUGGAGACUCAGACGAUGAUAAGCCACGUGACGGGUUGACCUUAUCCGGCAUGCUGAACUUUAUAGACGGGCUAUGGUCCAGCUGCGGAGACGAGAGGAUAAUUAUUUUCACCACCAACCAUAAAGAAAAGCUCGAUCCAGCCCUCAUACGGCCCGGUCGAAUGGAUAUGCAAAUUCACAUGGGUUACUGUACGCCACAAGGCUUUGAUGUAUUGGCCUCUAAUUAUUUGAGAAUAAACGAUCAUCCAACAUUUUCUGAAAUCAAAGAGUUGAUUCGAGAAGUUGAGAUAACUCCAGCAGAGAUUGCAGAGUACUUGAUGAGGAACGAGGACACCGAUCUUGCCCUCGAGGGGGUGCUCGAUUUGUUGAAGCAAAAGAAAGAAGAGAAGAAUGUGGAAAUCAAGGAGAGUGAGACUAAGAAAAAUAAGGUUUGUGGAUGCUCUGAUGGAGGUGAAAGUAAGGGGAAGAAAAAGAGGAAGGGCAAACUUGGGGCAAAUGUUGGAAGUAAAAAGCAAAGGCUACCCUAG